AAACACUCUAAUAAUGUCAGGAACUAUAAGCAGAUAUAAUUUCAAGGCUAUUGCUCCCAUCCCAGACUCAAGCAAGCUCAUCGAUGUGGUGCUUUCGAAGACCAAUAGGAAGACUCCAACUGAGAUCAGAGCUAACUUCAAGAUUACCAGAAUUAGGAGGUUUUACAUGAGAAAAGUCAAGUAUACGCAAACUACUUGUAAUGAGAAGUUACAGUCAAUCGUAGACAGUUUCCCUAAUCUGGAUGAUAUUCAUCCUUUCUAUGCUGAUCUUAUGAACGUCCUCUACGACAGAGACCAUUACAAACUCGCUCUUGGUCAUGUGAACAAGGCUAAAGCCAUUGUUGAUAGAAUUUCCAAUGAUUAUGUAAAGCUCAUGAAAUACGCUGAUUCUCUCUACAGAUGUAAGAUGCUUAAGAGAGCUGCAUUGGGAAGAAUGGCAACUCUUCUCAAGAAGCUGAAGCCUUCUCUCGGUUACUUGGAGGAAGUUAGGAAGCAUUUGGCAAGACUUCCAAGUAUCAACACCAACACUAGAACUCUCUUGAUUACAGGGUAUCCUAAUGUAGGAAAGUCUUCCUUCCUGAACAACCUCACUAAGGCAGAUGUGGAUGUACAAAGCUAUCCAUUCACAACACAAUCUCUGUUCGUUGGUCAUACCGAGUACAAAUACACAGAUUGGCAGAUUAUUGAUACUCCAGGACUGUUGGAUAGACCUAUUAGUGAGAGAAAUACUAUUGAAAUGCAAGCAAUCACUGCAUUGGCACAUCUCAAUGCCUGUAUCUUGUACUUCAUUGAUAUCUCUGAGCACUGUGGAUAUACUAUCAGCGAUCAGAUCAAACUGUUCAAGAAUAUUAGGAAGUUGUUCUACACUGUUGACCCAGACACUCAGGAAACUGUUGUAUCUAAGCCAAUCGUCCUUGUCUUGUCUAAGAUCGAUGUCACUGGAUGGGAAGAAGUUUCACAAGAGAACAAAGACCUCAUCACUGAAACUGCUGAGGAAUCCAAAGCCUUCGUGGUCAAAAUGAGUAACACUGAGAAAAUCGGUCUUGACGAAGUCAAGCAGACUGCUUGUGAUAUUCUAUUGGAUCACAGAUUGACCCAAAAAGCUAAGAACCCAAAGAAAGCUGAGUCAAUCUUGAACAGAGUCUAUGUUGCUACUCCAAAGAGGAAAGAUAAGGUUGAGCGUCCAGCUCAUGUUCCAAAAACCGUCUUAGAUCAAGUCCCCAGACCUAAUGACAAGAAGACUGUCCUUGAGAUGCAAGUAGAAAAUGGUGGAGCUGGAGUAUGGUCCUUCCCAUAUCAAGAGCACUUCCUUCUUGAAGAUGAUGAUUGGAAAUACGAUAAUGCUCCUACCUUCAUGGGUGGUCACAACGUGGCUGAUUUCUAUGACCCUGAUAUCGAAGAGAAGCUCAAUGAGCUAGAAAAAGAAGAGGAAUAUCUGACUAAGCUCGAAGCAGCUGAGGUCCCAGACAUGCCAUCCGAGAUGGAACAAAUGAUGGUCGAGGAAUACGAGAAAGUCAAGAAAAAGAUCGGAUACAUCAAGCAUACCAAGAUCACCCAGCCUGCCGAUGUCACUGGCUUAAAACUCAGAGAGAAAGUCGGUGAUAAAGCAGAUGAAAUCCUUGAAAGAAAUAAGCAAAACAGAAAAUCCCUCUUCGAAAUCAUGGGUGUCUCUAAGAAGAGACGGAAGACCGGAGAAGAAAUGGAAGUUGACCAAGGCGACGAUAUGGCCAUGCAGGUAGACAAGAAUGACAUGAGCUUGAGAAUGAAGAUGAGAGACAGAAAAAUCAAAUUCGCCAUUUCCAGAAUGGAAGGAGCUGACCCAAAGAAAUUAUCUACCAAGGUCCAGAAUAAAUCUAUGGAGAGGGUCAGACAUAAGAUUGAGAAGAAGCUGAAAAAGGUUGAAAAUGUUACAUUUGCUGAUAGAAUGCAGACCACUAAAAUGCCUAAGCAUUUGUACUCAGGAAAGAGAGGAAACGGAAAGACAGAUAGAAGAUAA